CAGGCUGAGCGCGCCCGGGGAGCGCCCAGAGUAGGCCCACGCCUCGUGGACCCGCUGGAUUUCUGCUAACGGUGCUACAAAUACUGUUGUUAUAAUCGUUUCGUGUAUUAUAUGCACUCAUAUAUUCAUAUAACAUAUUGGUACUCAUAAUUAUGCUCAUUACCAGCCAGGUGAAAGCAGGCUUUGUGGUCAAGUGACAGCUGUCUCUUGCAGCAAAGAGUUCCAAAAUACUGCUAGAACAUGAAAUAUUAAUUAAACUGUAAAUGUGGGUGCUAAGGCCAUUAAAUAGCGUGCUGUCUUGAUUCAGUUGUGUAACUGCUAGUAUUCAUGGGUCCGAUGCCCUUUGGACUUCCUAGAAGUUAAUUUCAGCCAUUAAACUUCCCAUUAUAAUAACUGAAACUCCAUUACACUGGUCUUGAAUGAGCGCACGCUGGUGAUGAUACAUAGCUCUCGUUACAGGUGUAUCCUACAAAAUAUCACUAAUUCGUGGUUUUAUAAAUUCAUACUACUUACCUUAACCUGAGAGUUUAAGUUUAAACAGUUUGAAUAUGUUUGAAUAUAUUAUAUCUUGUGCACAGCAAGAACUUAAAAGAAAGUACUGUCUGACUACUCAUAAUAUCAUCCUAUAAUUCCUAAUACCUAUUCACUUUGAUGUAGGAAGUAACUAGUCUGGACAGUCUAUCUGCAGUAUAGAACAAUAAGCAAAGAUUAAUUUUCAGAAAUUUAGCUAUUUUAAGUUGUAGGAGCACAUAAGAAUAUCCCAAACUGUUACUGCUUCUUCGUUUCCAUAUUGUAAAUGUCAAAAGUACUUUUGAAGACUGUCUUCAAGUCGUUAGUGAACUUUCGCAUGACAUAUUUCAUACUGAAACAAGUUUUUAUGGCUAAGUUAUGGCGCUCCUGAAAUGAUGAAAUGCUUUUAGUUAUGAGGUUGUUCAGAGAAUGACUAGGAGGGGAAAACGUGGUGUUCUCCCAAGACCUCUCCAAGGUGACAGUCCAUCGUCUUUCUUGCAUGAUUUGAUCAACUACAAUACAGCAGAAAGGCUGUUCUGUCAGAACUGGUCUAGGCAAUUUCAGAGAGACAUCUGUGCAUCUAUUUACACUCGCUGUUUAAAAAAUUAUUUCUGCAGUUGUAAGGACUUUUUAAAAAUAAAGGACAGCUUAUUUCUUAUUUUCUGCAGUAAAGAGGGCAGUGUUUAAAAAACACCUCCUGACCAUCCAUCCACAGCACCAGAUCCCGAUAUGCUUCGUGCGUCAGUGCAGAUUAUGAUGUUUUUUUCUUUAGGAAAUGGUGGUUCAACGCUUCACGUUCUUCAAUGCUUGGAAAACCUGUAUGGUGACAAAUGGACUUCUUUUAUUGUGCUGUUAAUUCAUUCUGAUGAAUGGAAGAAGAAAGUUAGUGAAUCGUACGCUAUAAUCAUGGAACGAUUAGAAGAUGACCUGCAGAUCAAAGAAAAGGAGCUGACAGAACUGAAGCAUGUUUUCAGCUCCGAUGAAGCCUUCUGCAAAGUCAAUUUAAAUUACCGCACAGAAAAUGGGCUCUCUCUUCUCCAUUUAUGUUGCAUAUGUGGAGGUAACAAAUCACAUAUUAGAACUCUUAUGCUAAAAGGACUGCGCCCAUCCAGGUUAACACGGAAUGGAUUUACAGCUCUGCACUUGGCAGCUUAUAAGGAUAAUGCAGAACUCUUAACAGCACUGCUGCAUGGUGGAGCUGACAUUCAGCAAGUUGGGUAUGGAGCUUUGACAGCCCUUCACAUUGCUGCAAUAGCGGGUCACCAUGAGGCAGUUGACAUCCUUUUGCAGCAUGGAGCUUAUGUGAAUGUUCAGGAUGCAGUUUUUUUCACUCCACUGCAUAUUGCUGCAUAUUAUGGCCAUGAACAGGUAACCCGCCUCUUGCUAAAGUUUGGAGCUGAUGUGAAUGCAAGCGGGGAAGUUGGAGACAGGCCUCUCCAUUUAGCUUCUGCCAAAGGCUUUCUCAAUAUUACAAAGCUCCUGAUGGAAGAGGGAAGCAAAGCUGAUGUGAAUGCUCAGGACAAUGAAGAUCAUGUUCCCCUGCACUUCUGCUGUCGAUUUGGACACCAUGAAAUUGUAAAGUUCUUACUCCAGAGCAGUUUUGAAGUUCAACCCCAUGUGGUUAAUAUCUAUGGAGACACACCUUUACACCUCGCUUGUUACAAUGGAAAGUUUGAAGUUGUCAAGGAAAUAAUUCAGCUCUCAGGAACAGAAAGUCUCACUAAAGAAAAUAUAUUCAGUGAAACAGCUUUCCACAGUGCUUGUACCUAUGGAAAGAACAUAGAACUUGUAAAAUUUCUUCUUGACCAGAAUGUUGUAAGCAUCAAUCACCAGGGAAGAGAUGGACAUACAGGAUUACACUGUGCUUGCUACCAUGGUCAUAUUCGUCUAGUACAGUUUUUACUGGAUAACGGAGCUGAUAUGAAUCUGGUAGCUUGUGAUCCCAGCAGGUCUAGUGGAGAAAAAGAUGAGCAGACCUGUUUGAUGUGGGCUUAUGAGAAAGGUCAUGAUGCCAUUGUGACCCUUCUGAAGCAUUAUAAAAGACCUCAAGAUGAAUCGCCCUGUAACGAAUACUCACAGCCUGGAGGAGAUGGUUCCUAUGUGUCAGUUCCAUCCCCUCUAGGAAAGAUUAAAAGCAUGACUAAAGAAAAGGCAGAUGUUCUCCUCCUCCGUGCUGGUCUGCCCUCACAUUUCCAUCUUCAGCUCUCUGAAAUAGAGUUCCAUGAGAUUAUUGGCUCAGGGUCUUUUGGAAAAGUAUAUAAGGGACGGUGCAGAAAUAAAAUUGUAGCAAUCAAACGCUAUCGAGCCAACACCUAUUGUUCCAAAUCGGACGUGGACAUGUUUUGCCGUGAAGUUUCCAUUCUCUGCCGACUGAACCAUCCAUGUGUCAUACAGUUUGUUGGAGCUUGCUUAGAUGACCCAAGUCAGUUUGCUAUAGUCACCCAAUAUAUUUCUGGAGGAUCACUUUUCUCCCUGCUUCAUGAACAGAAGAGGACUCUGGACCUCCAGUCUAAAUUAAUCAUUGCUGUAGAUGUUGCCAAAGGUAUGGAGUAUCUUCACAAUCUCACACAGCCAAUCAUACAUCGUGAUUUGAACAGUCACAAUAUUCUUUUGUAUGAGGAUGGCCAUGCUGUUGUUGCUGAUUUUGGAGAAUCCAGAUUUUUGCAGUCCUUGGAUGAAGACAACAUGACAAAACAACCUGGGAACCUACGCUGGAUGGCCCCUGAGGUAUUCACUCAGUGUACAAGGUACACUAUAAAAGCUGAUGUUUUCAGCUAUGCUUUGUGUCUCUGGGAACUGUUAACAGGUGAAAUUCCAUUUGCUCACCUAAAACCAGCUGCUGCAGCAGCAGAUAUGGCCUACCAUCACAUCAGGCCUCCAAUAGGGUAUUCGAUUCCCAAGCCCAUCUCGUCAUUGCUAAUGAGGGGCUGGAAUGCCUGUCCCGAGGGAAGACCAGAGUUUUCAGAAGUAGUCACAAAAUUAGAAGAAUGUCUGUGCAACAUUGAGUUAAUGUCUCCAGCUUCCAGCAACAGCAGUGGCUCUCUGUCUCCCUCCUCAUCUUCUGACUGCCUUGUUGCGCGAGGAGGUCCUGGGCGUAGUCAUGUCGCAGCAUUACGUAGUCGUUUCGAGUUGGAAUAUGCCUUGAAUGCAAGAGCUUAUGCUGUCUGGUCACAGAGCACUGGCCAACAGCCUUCUCAGGGCCUGUCUUUGGACGACAUGCGAAGAAACUUCCAGUACCCCCCUAUUGACAAAAAUGGUUAUGUGUCAGAUCCCAUGAGCACCAUGCGAUUUCAUUCCUGCAGUAAUAGUGGCAGCUUUGAAGAAAGCAGCUGACAGCAUGGACCAUCUGCCUGCAGAGAGGGUCUCCGUAAACUGACAGUAAUGAUUCUUACCCUAUCGUCAGCCUAACUCCCAGGCAUCAUAUGUUGUACUGAAGAUCCCUAAAUUGAAUUGCUUUAUUUAUCGAUGGCAAAUAUCCCUGUCAUAAGUUAUGCUCUGGCUUCUUUUUCUGCUGACCUGCUUGGGGGGAGUAGGGGGUGGCUUCGGUGACAAGCAUCUAUCCUUCCUCAGCAAAGUAAAUGGCCACAAGGAAUGCUGCACUUGCAGCUUGAACAUUACUAAUUUGAAGAGAUGAAAGUAAAAAAAUGUGUCUGUUGUUAGAGUUUCAAAGCUACAGGGCAAGUGUCGGUGCCUCAGACUGCGCGCAGGCAUGCAGCCAGUGGCCGCUCCCCGACGGUAGGGAGGAGCAAGGGAGCAGCCAGACCGGGCUGAACCGAGGCAAGGAACAACCUGUCGUUCCCCACUGCCGAUUCAGGCCCCGAUGGAGGCAAAGUUGUUCCUUUCCCAGCUUCUAAACACCACCCUGCUUCCUUUUCAAGUUCUCCACAGUCACAGAAACGCCCUGUGUCCUAUUUUCAGCGCUGCUGGCUCACGCAGCUCUCCAGCACAGCGUCCCCACAGCUGCAGGGCUUCAGCGCUUCUGCCCACUUGCUGAGAAUAGCGAGACGCUUGGGUGGCCACCUUAACUGUACUCUUCCGUACCUGUUAUUUUCUUAUCCACUGUUUUAUUUUGGGUUGUGUGCCUGCUUUUCCUCAAAGAAUAAAUGCUUUAGUUUAGUUAUUUGGUUAAUAAACCAACACAGGCACUCCACAACAAACUUUUAACCAGAAGGGAAAAAUGCAAAACUAAGUCCCAACCUACAUAUGUUUAAUGUAGAAAGCUAAAAUCGUUGUGUCACAAAUGUAAUAACCUUAAAGCAGUACAAAGGGUUGCGAAUUUUCACUCAAAGCACAACUGUG